UUGCGCAGUUAAUACUAUGACAGCGUGUCAACGGCUCCCUAACAGCUACCUGUACAACUCUCGGUUUUAUGAGUGAAUUUGUGAGUGAUAGAUUAAUAUCUGCGCGUGUGAAAUAAUCUAUGUGCCCGCGAUUUUUGACAUAAAUCUGUGGGGACACCCAUAAUUUGCUUGCGGGGCCCCAUAAAAGGCUUGGGCCGGCUCUGAUUAAACCAUAGGCCGUACUGUGAAAUGGUGUAACGCUACUGGUUUUUAUUGUACCAACAUUGCAACACUAACAUCCUGUGGCAUCUAAUGAAAUUAUCUUCAGUACGUGAGACAUUGCAAUAAUUAUUUUUAUUAUCUCUUGAAUGUACAGCUCAUUCCUUUUCUUUACCAAUCAAAACAUGAAAAUAGCCAAUAACCAAAAACACAUUCAUAGGAGUAAUAAAUGAUCCACUCCUAAUGCUGCAUUCAGAUUCUUCUUUACUGCAUCAACACUAGCCAACGGUUGUCUACCUAAGCAGAUCUGUGGUUUCUUCGGUCGCACCUGAAAGGACUUCAGCAUAUAGGAAAUAUUGACAAAAAUGAAGAGAUUUUGCUUUUAUGAUCUGUAUAAGUGACUAGAUGUGGAGGUUGAACGAGUACUUUUGAGAAUUUCAAUUGUGAUCUGAGAAAUAGGAACCAAAGCUUCUGAGAAAUACUGUAAUUACUAUGCACGAGUGUAGCUUAAUUACAAUAUAGCCAUCAGUGUCAUGUCUAAAGUGUAGAUAGAGCCCAGAUAUAUGAUUACAUAUUGGCAUUUAUUGUAAUAUAAAGGCAAACGUGACGGCAUUCACAAAUUAGUUAUUUAGAUGAUACUGAACAACAAACGGAGAUUGCCAAAGUAGCGGAAAGUCGCUAUAUUUGUCGCUAGUCGCUAGAUUAGAUGUUUAUAGGGAAGGCGAAACGUUUCUCAAAAAAAAUGGGCAACACUGAGUAGGCCUACCAUCCAUGCUUUCCCAUAAUCGUUGACAUUUCAGUUUAGGUAUUCUACAGACAACUAGGCCUACUUGUAGGCCUUUGUUUGGACAGGUGUGUCAGAUGACCUUAAUUAGAACCAAGCGAAUGGAGGUUAAAACGGAAGGCAUUUCAGAUUUUAGUAUAGUCUACUUGGGUUUAGGGAGCAGGCUAAAAUGGCGAUGGCUGCUUAUCACGUGCUGGUUAUCUCACUUUUUAUUGUUGGAAGUUUAAAAAAUGUGUUCAACAGCCCCGUAAAGCGAGCGGCUGGAAUGUCUGUGAACACGGACGUGGAAAACGUCUUAGAGCGUGAUAGCCAAAACAACGGGGAAACUCUUGAAGAACCUUUGAACUCUGAAGCUGCUGUGAUGGAAGGAGACAUGAUAGUUUCAACUGACAGAAAUGCGGCGAAAAACCUGUGGCCAGAUAUUGGAGGACAGAUUUAUGUGCCCUACACCAUCAACCCAAACAUAGUGGGAAGGACCAAUGACAUAAAAGCAGCCCUCGAUAUGGUAACAAGUCAAACUUGUGUUAGCUUCUACGUGCGAAAAGAUGAACAAGGCUACGUGGAGUUCACAGAGGGUAAUGGCUGUGCCUCCAAUGUGGGCUAUUUAGGUAAACGGCAGGUGGUCAUACUUGGGCCGCCUUGCAGCGUGGGGAACAUUGCCCAUGAGGUUCUGCACACGCUGGGCUUCCACCACGAGCACACCCGAAAGGACAGACAACAGUACAUCGACAUUUUGUAUGGCAACAUCAUGGGAGGUAAGGAGGGUAACUUCCAGGAGAAGAAUGGCAACACACAGGGUCUACCCUAUGACAUCAACUCCAUCAUGCACUAUGGAGGGUCGUUUUUCUCCGUCAACGGAGAGCCCACGAUCAAAGCCAAGGGUUCCGCCGCGAAAAUGGGCCAGAGGACUUUCCUGACGGAUCUCGAUGUGGACAGGGUCCGACGACUGUACCGCUGUGACAUCGAAGAGCAACAAGACAUGCCCUAUGUUGUGAACUCGACUACCACCAUCCUUGUUACUCCUGCAAAUGCCAACACGACCAAUGUCUAAACGCUGGGCACCAACCAGGAACACCCUGCCUGUGCAGGACUCUGCUGACGACACCAGAGGGCGCACUCGCUCAAGCAGCUGCAGCAUGGUUUAAGGGUGAAAUCAUGACCAACAACUCGGGAUUACAUUUUUAUUUACUUUGUCAUGUGACUGUUUUCAAGCCACAGUAACACAUUUGGGGUCAGAUAUUACUACCAGUGGAGGAAGGACAUUUUAAAUCUGGCUGGAAGUAUUUGACAGGUAAAUGCACAUGUGGGUUUUUAGACUGCAGAAUAUCAAUAAAAUGAAUGCAUAUCAAUAGAAUGGAACUGGAUGUGUGUACCACCUGGAAUAAACUUAAGUGUUGCAAAAUGG